UCCCAAUAUAAUGUUAUAAUGUUAACGGCGAAUAUAUUUUUAGUGUCAUUAACGAUAAAUAACAAUUUAUUAUUUCGUUUGCGCAUCUUAUCCAAUAUCUGAAUAUUGGGUUUCAUUAAAAAACCUACCGGGAAUUACUCUUUAGUAAGCAAUAUUGCAUAUGAAUUAUUGAUUUUACGAUUGUAACAAUUUACACUUUGCACACAAUUAAUAAAUUCAAAUCACAGUGUAAUAUUUAUAAUUUGUAACAGAAAUAAAUUGACUUUUGUUUUAUGCGAUACGCUUCUUGUAUAGUUUUGUGUUCAAAUAUACGAGCGCUAAGAUGGCUAACAAAAUAACAAUUUAUUAUUAGAUUUAUUAUACGAUCAAUAAAAUGGAAAACAAACUUUAGAGAGACGUUUUAUUUAUUUGAGUAUGCAUUUCGGAUAAUUAUAUCCCCUUUUAACUUUUGUGUUACAAAUGGAUUAUGAGAAAUUGAAAUUCACUUUUGCCAUAUUUUCAAUGGAAUAAAUUUCCAAAAUAUGUUUUCGACAAUAAGAAUUUCAUCUGUUUAUUUGAUCUAAACCGUUUGUUAUUUCCUUUCUUUUUUCCUUUCAAAUUCUUAUAUAGGCCUAAUUAUUAAAUUGACGCGAAAAAACUUUUACGAAUUGCUGUGUUUAUUGCCUUUACUUUUAUUCUCUAGGUUUUAAUAACAAAAUGGAUCUACGUGAUAGAAGUAAAUAUUUCGCAUGGAAGUACGAUAGAACUCCGGAAGAAAUUUUUAAAUCUUUAGUGAAUGCAAAAAUGCCAAUGACAUCCAAUAUACAUGCUGAUUUUCCGGAUCAAACGGAAUCGUCAUCUUCUGAUUCCGAUGAUGAAGAGAAUGAUUUUUGUUUUUUGGAAAGGAGAACAGACCUCUUUGGUUUUUGCGAGAACAGACCUCUAAAAAAAGAGUUUGAAUUUUUAGAGAAGUACUCAUUGGUAAAAGACAUAAUUUCUGAAGAAAACGAAGACGAUGACCCGAUGUUCAAAUCGUCAUCGAAAAUAAUCGAAGAAGAAAAAGUAUUGGAUGAAACUAAUAAUAAAGAUCAAAGCGAUGAUAAAAUUGAAAAAAAGCAAAAGCUAAGAGAUCUAGUAGAAACAGAGGAAAGGAAAAGUAUUAAUGUAAGAUAUUCGUGGGAAGAUAAAUCUACAAAAGAAGAUGAAAAUGAUAGAGAAACAACGAAAUGUUCUGAUGCUUUUACAUAUUUAUUUUGUAAAAUUCCAUCCUUUAUCUUUUCGUGUUGCAGAAGAAGAAAGAAACAUGCCAAUGGUGAAAAAGGUAGGAAAAAGAUUACGUAAAUUUUAUUUAUAACAUGACUCAUAUUUAAUAAAAGUUAAUCGUUGUAAGAUUUGGCAUGCUUAUGUUAAUCAUUGAAAACAAAAAUAAA